GAGGAACCUCCCCAGUGCACAAGGCAACAGGCGCUGGCCGCAGCUUUGUGCUGGUUCCGGAGAGCCUCAGCCACGGCAGGGAGGGAAAGCAGGGUGAGAAGUGCAGGGGAGGCGGGGGUGCAAGGGUGGCUUUGCUGCUUGUGCUUUGCUGGUUUUGUCACAACAAGGGGAAGAGGGUGGAGCUGCACCUUGAGCAAGGAGAGGUGCCUGAGGAGUGUUGGCAGAGGUGGGUGACCAGGUAGGGCAGGGUGUACAUCAGGCGCCCUGUAUGAACUGCGGAGCCAGCUGGCUCCGGCACGGGCUGCCCCGUGGCACAGCUGGUGGUGGGCACGGGAAGGAAGGGGAACCACCCCAGCUGAGACAGAGCAAGAAAGAGCGUGGGCCCUUCACUCGGGCUCGGCAGCGGCAUGUGCUUGUCCUGCCUUGUUAUGUGUAUGCUGUAAUAAAAUUUCCCCUUUAAGGCUGGGCUGAAGUUAUUUUUACUUGUGGGGUGGUGACAGGAACACAGAACGGAGCUGGAGCUCUGUGUUCUUACCUGAUCUGCGGUGGAGGGGCGGACAGAGGAGGAAGGAAGCUCAGAAAAGGAGAGCAAGAGAGAGAAGGGAGCUCAAGGGAGGGGAAAAGAAAGCAGGCAGGGCAUCCCCAGGGAGGGACUAGGGAGGGGACCAGCUGGGGAAACUGAAAAAGAGGGAACGAGGGAAGGAGGGAAAGGAGUAAGGAAGGAGAGGUCCUCCGGGAAAAGCAAAGAGGCUCCGGGGAGAAGAGGGGCUGCAGGCAUCCAAUGUCAAGAUCUACCGAGGGGAGCUGAGCGUGUACAGCCAAGCAGAGCAGCUUUUGUGGUCUCUUCCUGCCUCUCAAGAUGAUGAAAAGACAGUUUAAUCGGAUGCGCCAGCAGCUGUCCCAUCCCAACGCCACCAUUAGAGCCCAAGAAGCAACUGAGCUCCUGUCAGAAGACUUGCUGCAGAUUGAGCAGAGGAUUGAGCCGGCCAAGCGAGCAGCUCACAGUGUGUCCAAGAGGCUCCAAGCCUGCCUACAGGGACAAUGUGGCUCCGAGAUGGACAAGCGAGUGAAGAAGCUGCCCUUGAUGGCUCUGUCCAUGGCGAUGGCUGAGAGCUUCAAGGAACUGGACACAGAGUCCAGCCUUGGGAAAGCCCUGGAGAUGAGUUGCUGCAUACAGAGCUCACUGGCCAAAAUCAUGGCUGAGUCUGAGAUUGCCCUGGAGCACGACGUCCUGCAGCCGCUCAACAAGCUCAGUGAGGAGGAGCUCCCCACCAUCCUGAAGCGCAAGAAGACCCUCCAGAAGUUGAUUUCUGACUGGAACACAAUCAAGAGCCGGCUGAACCAAGCUGCCAAGAGUUCCAGUAACAGCACUGGAGCUGGUGUUGGCCCAGGGGCAUCUUCUGCUGCCAACAAACUGGAGAUCUUGAAGGAAGAAGAGGAGGAGGUGAAGAGGAAGGUGGAGCAGUGCAAGGAUGAGUACAUGGCUGACCUCUACCACUUCUCCACCAAAGAGGACAUCUACGCCAACUACAUCAUCAAACUAUUGGAAAUCCAAGCCCAGUACCACCGGCAGUCACUGGAAUCUCUGGACUCAGCUCUGGCAGAGCUGAGGGAAAGCCACAGGCAGACAGAGCCUUCCUUCACAACAGACAUGCCAGUGGCAGGGUACUAUGGUGUGUCCCUAGAGACACACCUCAAGAGCUUGGGCCGGGAAAUUGCACUUCCCAUUGAAGCCUGUGUCAUGAUGCUGUUGGCUUCUGGCAUGAAGGAGGAGGGACUCUUCCGGCUGGCAGCGGGCGCCUCAGUGCUGAGGAAGCUGAAGAGCAGUUUGGCUAGUGGCUCCAGUGCCCUGGAGGAGUUUUACUCAGACCCCCAUGCUGUGGCUGGUGCACUGAAAUCUUACCUGCGGGAGCUACCCCAGCCUUUGAUGACCUUCGAACUCUAUGAUGAAUGGGUCAAAGUGGCCAGCUUGAAGGACAUUGACAGCCGUGUCCAGAGCCUGCGAGACACCUGCAGCCGCCUGCCCCAGGACAGCUACAACAAUCUGAGGUAUCUGAUCAAGUUUUUAGCCAAGCUGGCUGAACACCAGGAGGUGAAUAAAAUGACCCCCAGCAACAUUGCCAUUGUGCUGGGCCCAAACCUGCUGUGGUCACAGCAGAGCACAGGAGACCCCAUGCAACUGGACUUGUCCUCGGUCUCCUCCAUCCAGGUUGUGGUGGAAGCUCUCAUCCAAAACGUGGACACUCUCUUCCCCGGAGAGGUAGAUUUCAACGUCUCGGGCAUGUUCAUGCCACCCACAAACACCGGACUUUGCAAGGCUGCCCCAGUGGAAGAGCCAGCUCCUGCGACCCCUCCAGCCAGCACCCCCACCCUUUUGGAUGGAGAGGCCACCUCCAGGGACCCCGAGGCCAGGUCCCAGCCAGCAUCCCCAGCACAGCCCAAGCCAUCUUCUGAAGCUGCAGGGCCACCAGCUCCGACGAUGACUGACAACACCACCCGCAAAGGCAAACGCCCAGCUCCGGCCCGACCCACAAUGCCACCACCGCCUGUGAUGCAGCCCCGGAGCACAGCUCCUGCCCAGGCAGGCAGCCCCAAAGCCCUGCCACGACGGAUGGUGCUCACCCGAGCCCCCUCCGUCCCACCGCCGCUCCCUCCGCAGCCAGCACCCCGCCACAGCCGAGAUGCCCCACCAUCCCCCAAGCCUCGCACUGGUGAGGCUGACACAGCAGCUGCCAUGGACUGUGUGCCAGGAACCACAGAGGAGGGGCAGCCACUGCCUGCUGGAGGAAGCCCCCUGGCCACAUCAGCCCCAGAAGGACAGCCCACAGAGAACUGAACAGGAUGAGGGGUGUGGAGGAAUCACAAGUCAGGGAGAUGGGAUCUGGCACCUCUCUGGGACCCAGCAGAUGCUGUGAAAAUGCCAGGGUGGCCUGAGGGAGAGCAUCCCUUGGUCCUCCAUCUUGUUCCCUUGGCUCACACCACUUGGCGUGCUUUGCCUGCCUUCUCUCACUCUCCCAUCUCGGUGUCCACCUCCCCACACCACCAUGUCCCUGCCGGAGCCCAGCCACCAGCGGGGGCCCAGAUCCCCGCCCAGAUCCCCCACUGCAGGCCCAGACACUGCCGGCAGCUUUCGGGCCAGCAUGGGCAUUUGCAGGUGCUCAGCCAUGAUCCCAGCCCCAUCUUGCCUUAAAAUGCAACACACAGAUGGAUAUAUAUAUAAAUACAGAUAUAUAUAUAGAGAGAUAGGUAGAUUUGGAAUGCAUAUUCUAUUAGGAGUGGCUGAGGGAGCUAGGGUUGUUUGGCCUGUAGAAGCAGAGGCUCAGGGGUGACCUGAUCACUCUCUACAACUCCCUGAAUGGAGGCUGUAGCCAGGUGCGGAUCAGCCUCUUCUGCCAGGCAACAAGAGGACAGUGUCACAAGCUGCACCAGGGGAGGUUUAGGUGGAACAGCAGGAGGAAUUUUAUCACAGUAAGUGAUUAGACACUGGGAUGGGCUCCCGGGGAGGUAGUGGGGUCACCAUCCCUGGAGGUGUUUAAGGCAGGACUGGAUGUGGCACUCAGUGCCAUGUUGUGGUUGACAUGGCGGUGUUCUAUCUUAGGCUGGACUCCAUGAUGUCAGAAGGCUUUUCCAGCCUAAGUGGUUCUGUGAUACUUUGCCAAUAUUUGAGAAGUUAGUGUCAAAGUCGCAGCCCGCCGUGAGCAGGGCACACUUGGCAGUCUGAAGUGCUGGAGGGUGCAGCCCAGGGGGUCGCAGCGCGGAGGAAAGC